AUGCUUCAAACGCAGACUCAGCACGUCUUUUCUCAUCAGCACCAGUAUCCGCAGGCUGAUCCGACCUGGUUGCAGCAACAGCAGCAUCACCAAACCCACCCGCACCAGGCUCAGCAACCGCAUUCUUCGUUGGUCGCCCAACAGCAUGCCCAAGUCCAGGCGGCCGCAGCCGCAGCCGCAGCCGCUCAACAACAACACUAUACUCGUAUAGCCAUGGCUGGAAACGCCGGUGCCGGUAAUUCCGCUCAAGGGGCUGGUGCAGGAGGCAUUGGUGGGGACGGUGCGUUGCCCGGUGCGGUGUCCGUGAUGGAUGGUGGCAUCAGUGAUGAGAAUCGGAAAGUUUUCAUCUGGGUCGCAGAGCUUCUCGACCCGAGUCGCAGAGAAGCCGCCCUUAUGGAACUUAGCAAGAAGAGAGAGCAAGUGCCGGAACUCGCGCUGGUUAUUUGGCACUCUUUCGGUGUCAUGACCGCUCUACUUCAGGAAAUCAUCUCCGUAUACCCUUUGUUGAACCCUUCGCAAUUAACUGCGGCUGCAUCAAACCGGGUCUGCAAUGCGCUGGCUCUCUUGCAGUGUGUGGCUUCCCACAACGAGACUCGCACCUUGUUUCUUAAUGCUCACAUUCCUCUGUUCCUCUAUCCUUUCCUCAACACAACGUCAAAGUCGCGGCCCUUCGAGUAUCUCCGCCUCACCUCGCUCGGCGUAAUCGGAGCGUUGGUUAAGAAUGACUCGUCCGAUGUCAUCAAUUUCCUCCUUACCACAGAGAUCAUUCCCCUUUGCUUACGGAUUAUGGAGACCGGCUCAGAACUGAGCAAAACUGUCGCAAUCUUUAUCGUGCAGAAGAUUCUCCUCGACGAUAUCGGUCUCGCAUACAUUUGCGCAACCUAUGAGAGGUUUUACGCGGUUGGAACUGUUCUGAGUAAUAUGGUCACUCAACUUGUUGAGCAACAGACAGUACGACUUCUCAAGCAUGUAGUGCGCUGCUUCCUUCGCCUGAGUGAUAACAGCAGGGCGCGGGAGGCGCUGCGUCAAUGCCUUCCCGAACCCUUGCGCGAUGCGACGUUCUCUUCCGUACUCCGCGACGAUGCCGCCACUAAGCGCUGCCUGGCUCAGCUUCUCAUCAACCUCUCGGAUAAUGUCUCCGAUGGCGCACCUGGUGUUGCGAUGUAA